CUCGUGCGCAUGCGCACGUGUGCUGAGCACGCGACUUCUCCUCGAUUGUCAUGCCUGUUUACAUUAUUGUUCAUCGAUCGACACCUAUCGAUCCACAAAAUUGCUUCUCGGAAGAUUAACACGGAUUCGUAUAUUAGAAUUUAGGAAAAUUAUAAAAAUGACCGAGGAGCAGAAUUCCUUGUUACACAACGCAAUUGUUUCACAGAUAUCUGACACUGCGUAUUACAUACCGAAUUUUAUUACCGAAGACGAAGAGAAGCAGAUUAUUAAAUGCGUGAACAGUGUACCACAACCAAAAUGGACACAAUUAAGUCAUCGUAGAUUACAGAAUUGGGGUGGUGUACCACAUCCUAAAGGAAUGAUAGCAGAAGAGAUUCCUGGUUGGCUUCAGAAAUAUAUUGAUAAAGUGGCUGCUUUGAAUGCCUUUGAAAAAGGAGUAUUGCCUAAUCAUGUCUUAAUUAAUGAAUAUUUAUCUGGACAAGGAAUAAUGGCGCAUUCGGAUGGCCCACUUUUUCAUCCUGUUGUAACUACUAUCAGUUGUGGUUCCCAUACAUUCCUUGAUUUUUAUAAGCGGCUCGAAAUGACGGAGCAACAGCAACCCAAGUUAGAAUUUAGUUUGCUAUUAGAACGCAGAAGUCUAUUAAUUCUACAGAAGGACUUGUACCAUAAUUAUUUGCAUUCUAUAGCAGAAACAGAUGCAGACAGUAUAUCGAAAUCUACAAUAAAAAAUCUACAUAUGUGUGCAGAAAAGUUUGCAGAGGGAGAAGUAAUAAAACGUGGUACCAGAUUAUCUUUAACUAUUAGACAUGUUCCGAAAACUAGCAAAAUGAAAUUAAAAAUUUUCUGAUAUAUAUGUACAUUAUUGAAAUUUGGAAGACAUAUAAUAAAUAAUGAUACAUGGCUCUAUCGGCUAACAACAA